CGGGCCCCGGCCACCCAUCCAUUCUUUGGCGUCUCUAUGCAUUCUCCCAUCUUUAACCACCCACCAUGCCACCAAAUCGUUCCCGAUCGAACUGAAACUCGCAGGAACAAGAGGGACGCAUCUUAUUAGCUAUAGGCGCUUUAAAAAAAGGAGAAAUCAGCUCAAUCCGUGAAACAGCACGUCGAUUUAAUAUACCACAUUCCACCUUUUCUGAUCGCCUUAAUGGCCACCAAUUUCACAUUGAAAAAUGCACCAACAACCAUAAACUCACAGAAGUUGAAGAGGAAUCACUUGUAAAAUGGAUAUUCUUAAUGAAUCUACAUGGAGCAGCGCCUCGGCCUACAAUGGUGCAAGAAAUGGCCAAUUUAUUGCUUGCAGCUCGGGGUACUGAUACUGUUGGCAAGAACUGGGUAUCAACCUUUGUACGACGCCAUCCAGAGCUUCAAACAUGAUUCUCUUGAAGGUAUGACUACCAACGUGCAAAACAAGAGGGUCCAAAGGUUAUUCAAGGGUGGUUUGAUGCUAUACAAGCUACAAUUCAGCAGUAAUGGCAUCCUCAAUGGAGAUAUCUACAACUUUGAUGAAACUGGCUUUGCAAUGGGCCUCACAUCUACUGCAAGAGUGAUUACUCAAUCAGAGUACUAUGGCUGGCGUUCAGUACUACAACCAGGGAAUCAUGAGUGGGUGACUGGUGGAAUCAAUUGGUGCAAGUGGGUGGGUGCUUCCACCAGUCAUAAUCUUCAAAGGGAAGCAAUAUCAACAAGCUUGGUUUGAAGAGCUCCCUAGGGAUUGGUGGUUUGAAGUUAGCCUAAAUGGAUGGACUACGGAUGAAAUUGGCCUUCGAUGGCUAGAAAAAACCUUUAUUCCAGCCACAAACAGU